AGGCACGACCAGUCACUAGUCACUUGGUGAGAGCCCAGAUAGGCAGUAGGCACCGCUCGCGAGCCGCGCUUUCCGCCAGUAUCGCUCCGGACGUUGAACGGUUGUAACGUUGCCACGCUGCCGACGCUUUCUCCCGUGUGUUCGAGGCGGUGCGAUUUCGACAUAACACGGUUGCGAAAGUCUGCGCGAUGAUAUACAAGUGAGAGCUAACGGACGGAGGGUAACGCUCAUCGCGCACGGUGAGCCAGUUUAUUAGACUAAAAGACAUUCGAAACUCGCAUCUGUGAGGGACGGGGGGCGCGCGACGCCGUCGGCUCGUACACGCGGGAGCAACGAAUCCUAACAUAUUACUCUGAAAGAGCAACGGAAACCAAUUUUUAAUGUGUCAAGUCAGUAUAGCUUAUUGCUGCUACGUCAGAUCGCAGAACGCCUCGAGUAGGAACUACAAGGUUAUGCAAAUGAGUUCUGAACGCUUCUAUACCAGGGGUAAUCAAAAGACCAUUCACAACUUUAAUAAACUUUAACGUACGGUUUCGUGCCGUGUACCAUAGUGCUUAUCUGUAUCGUAUCCUAUUCUUUUGUUAUCGUUCGGUGUCACGAUCGCUAAUUGCUAAUUACCUGCGAGAAGUCGUGUGAUAAGGCGCAAGAGUGGUGCUAGUGUUCAACGAGAGCAGAACAACAGCAACGAAUUCGACAAUGGCUGCCCCGAAAGAGGAAACCCUGCUCGCUCGCUGCGAGAUUCCCAUUAUUGACCUGGCGCAUAUAGGUACGGAAAUAUGUCCUAUGAAAUCUGUAGUAAAAAGAAUCGGACAACAGUUGUUUGCCGCUCUUAGUACCAAGGGCUUAGCAAUGCUUGUUAACCAUGGCGUCGCUGAGGAUAAGCUGAAGGCGGUAUACGCUGAUCUGGACAACUUUUGUGCCCUCCCCGAGGGCUGUCAGGCGCAGUAUCUUCGCAACCCUGUCAACAAACAUGGCUACGUUCGUCCCGGAACCGAGCAAUUCGAUAAUACUAAAAAGGAAUUACGUCAUUCGUUCAACAUCACGACGCUGUCGGCUGCGUCGAUGCCUGCGCAGGAGGAAGUCCCGGAGUUUACUACACACACCGUACCCCUGGCUCAUGACCUCACCAAUCUUUCUAGAGUCCUCUUGCAAGCUCUGGCUUCAGUCUUCGGGUUACCAACAUCAGCUCUGUUAGCCUGUCACUCCGGCAUGCUAAAGAGCGACGCGGACAGGAACAACCCCUCGUGCAUGCAACUGCUGUACUACCCGCCCGUACCACCCGAGGACAAAGGGCCCUGUUGCCAUGACGCCAUCGCCUACACCCGCUGUGGGGCUCACAGUGAUCGUUGUACUUUCACGCUCGUGGCCCAGGACUCGGAAGGUGGUCUUGAGGUGAAGUUGAAUGGCAGUGAAAAAUGGCAAGCCGUAGGCCAUCUUCCUGGAGCUAUUCUGGUGCAGACUGGAGAACUUCUCGCUAACUGGACUUCCAAUUUGCUUCCUGCUAUGAUGCACCGCGUGGUGAUACCUGAUGGUACAUACGCGCGCGCUCGCGGCCGGCACUGCGUUGCGUUCUUCUGCCACCCCGACGAGGGCGCCACAGUGCCGACCCUCGCCAUGGCCCCCACGCCCGCCCCCCCGACCUUCACCCCCCACACGCACAUCACUCUCCACCACCGUCUCCUUAACGCGGCCCAUCACAUCCAAAAGCGAUUCAGGGAAACGUACGCGUGACUAGUACGCGGUAGUGGGAAGAGCGCGACCGCUUCGCGAAAAACAUUCGGAUGAUUCACGCGUUUCGCAACAGCUGCUUUCGCCGAAAUGUAGUUAUUGACUUAUUGCGCGAUACGUUUGAAAGUUUGAAGCGACUUUUUAUAUUUGCAUUUAUAAUAAACAGCUGAGUUGUAGAGACUUCUAGCGAAGUUU